UCGAGAGACGACCGGCGUGUUCAGUUCAGCUGCUAACAUCGCUGGCCGAUGUAGUGGGGAUCAACGGUCUACUUUAACGAGCCAGUUGGCGAACUGCGAGCAUUGCUCUAGUCACUUGGCUCUGCGCGUAGCUUCUGCGCAGUGCAAGUAGGGAUUGCAGUACUUUCACAGCUUGUACUGGUUUACGAGUGAAGUUCCAAUGUCGCCUCCGAAGGAAAAAGACUAUAUAGCAAUCACGGACCAGGUUGUCUCACCGCCGCCGAUGAAGCACUCCGAUACCCGGGAUAGCAUAUCCUCCAUCGACAGCGACAUAUCGCUAACCUAUGACGGCAACGGGGAGCCCACCGCAGUAGCCCCAGGUUCUGGGGACGAUGAGGGGGCCCAUUUGGCAGACCAGUCGGACUGCGGGUCUGAUACAGGCUCUACGACGGGUAAAGACUCCGGCUGCGAGGUGUCGGACAAGCCCCAGGAACCACCGUUUGUGCCACCGGAUGAUGAACUGGCGAACCGGAUCGUGUCGCAGGUGGAAUUCUACUUUUCAGACGUGAACAUCACGAAGGACCCGUUCUUGCUGAAGCACGUGAAACGUAAUAAAGAGGGAUUCGUGUCUCUGAAGCUGAUCUCCACCUUCAAGAGGGUGAAACACCUCUCCAAAGACUGGCGCGUGGUCGCAAGUGCACUUGCCCGCUCCACCAAGCUUCAGAUCAACGAGGCAGGUACGAAACUUCGGCGCCUGGCGCCGUUACCACAAUACGACGAAACGACGCCUUAUCGAACCGUGGUGGCUAUGCACCUCCCCUAUGACAAGCCCACCAUAGAGAGCAUGGCGGAACUGUUCUCCUGCUUUGGAGAAAUCGCCCUGGUCCGGAUUCUGCGGCCCGGAAAUCCUGUCCCGGCAGACGUCCGAAACUUCGUGGCGAAACGUCCCGAGCUGGAAGGUAUCGUGUGCGCCCUGGUCGAGUUUGUGCAUACGGAGUCGGCGAAACGGGCCGUGCAGUCGCCAGACAGGGAUUGGAAAGGACACAGCUUAGGCAUAACGGUCGUGGAGCUGAACGCCCCAGAGCGCGCCAAGAGGAGGUCAAUGCCCACCAAGAAGACCGCCCUCGCCCGCUUCUUCGAGACGGAGUACUCUUCGUCUUGUGCCAGUGGGUCCGAGGCCGAACAGGACAGUCGCCAGAGGCACAGGUCGCUGCGACGCUGCUUCUCGACGUCGAGCGGGCCCCCCACCCAGGGCACCCCGCCCUCGAACUGGAUGCAGCGUCGUCUGGCGUACAACAGGGACUCUGGCUCAGAGAGCAGCAGCUCCAGCCUGUACGGGAGGUCUCGUUGCAACAGCGUGGUGUCCGACGCCGGCAGCUGCAGCCCCUACGUCCGGUCUCGGUGCAACAGUGGCGUAUCAUCGGACAGUAAUCGUCCUCGAAGCAACAGUGGUGCCUCGCAUCUACCGGACAAUGUUGUUAGGCUACCACGCGGGCCGGACGGGACUCGCGGCUUCCAUUGUGGUUACCGAGAGCAAAUCGCGGCCAUUUUGUCUGUGGGCUGACACUAGGAUCCGUGUCCAGUGUGCACUAUCCGCCCUCUGUGAGGAUAACAGUUAUCGUAUGCCUGUGAACUUACUAUUAUAUAUGUAAUGUGCAAGUCCCUAUUUAUUUACAGUCAGGGUUUAAAUAUCGGUAAGAAGUGUGAGGUUUCAAUUUCCAGAAUGCCAACCAAAGACUGAAUAUAUCCACAUUACCUGUUAUUUUUAUAAGUUCUGUGUUACACGUAAAUAAAUGUGCAUGUCGACCAUGAAAAGAA